AUGCAGUUCACCGUCGCCAUGGCCGCCCUCUUCGCCAGCGUCGCCCUCGCGGCCCCGGUUGUCGAGGAGCGCCAGGCCGUCUACAUCCCCUGCUCCGGUCUCUACGGCACCUCGCAGUGCUGCGCGACCGACGUUCUCGGCAUCGCAGACCUCGACUGUGGCAACCCGCCCGAGGCGCCCACCUCUGGUGAUGAGUUCAGCUCCAUCUGCUCCGCCAUUGGCCAGCGUGCCCGCUGCUGCGUCCUGCCUAUUCUGGACCAGGGCAUCCUCUGCAACACCCCCACCGGUGUUACGGACUAA